GUCAAAGGGUGUAUGUUUUGGCUGUUACGAGAUUCAGCACUCACCCUUGUUAUCUAAAAACAAAACUUGCCAUUGACAGCUUAUUUAGGGGUUUUCCUUCCAGUAAUUUAUUUUGUCGUCGAUUUUUGUCGAAGUAUUAACGUGGAUUUGGUAGAAGGAUUUACAGUCUAAGCAGAAAUGCCGACCAAAACGUUUAAGGAUCGCAGGAGUUUUGCCCAGCGAACGAAAGAUGUACAGGAAAUACGUGACCAACAUCCGAAUAAAAUACCCGUUAUAAUAGAACGUUAUGAGAGUGAGAAGCAUUUGCCCAUGCUGGAUAAAACCAAAUUCCUCGUUCCAGACCAUGUUAACAUGAGUGAACUCGUUAAAAUUAUCAGGAGAAGAUUACAGCUAAACCCUAACCAAGCAUUCUUCUUAUUGGUUAACGAGAAAAGCAUGGUCAGUAACUCAACUCCAAUUUCUGAAGUCUACCAGCGAGAAAAAGAUGAAGAUGGAUUUCUUUACAUGGUGUACGCAUCACAGGAAACAUUUGGAGCCAACAACUAACUUAGCCAUUGUUUCUAGUAACUGACAAUUUAAUGAUUGACUUUGAGGAUACCAGAUGCCAUUUCCGCAUCAUCUAAUCCUAAGUCUGGGCAGAAUAUAGAGGAGCUGCCUAAAAAUAAUUUACAGCAAUUAAAAUAAUCAACAUUAUUUCAAUUGUGAGAAAGGGUUUGUCCUGUCACCAAAGUUUGAUUCAAGCAUAGCUGGAAUAUAUAAUGUUAUCGCUAUUAUAUUACACGGAUGAUUUUUAACAUGUUGCGGGAAACAAAAUACAUUACAGAGUAAGACUUGCAAAUUUAUGUCUAAAUUUCAAUAUUGGAUAGGUAGUGGUUAUUUAUCCUGCAUGCGGCAGAAACAGUUCAUGUAUGGAGAAUGCAAAAUUAAAGUUAAAGUUGCAUUAA